AUGGAGCUUAUGAUCGAGGAGACGGAAUGUGCAGAUCAAUCGAACGAUGCACAACAAAUGGUGCUUAUAAGCGGAGUUCCUGACGAUAUCUCGAAUUUCUGCUUGGCCAGAGUUCCAAGAGAAGAUCACAUGGCGAUGAAAUGCGUUUCCAGGAGAUGGAGAGAUUUUGUGCGCAGCGAUGAGUUGUGCGACUACCGAAACAAGUUUAACUUGGCCGAGUCUUGGAUUUACGCGUUGUGCCGCGACAUAUCUGGGGGUGUCUUCUUAUACGUUCUGAAUCCCUUCUCACCCAGAAGAUCGUGGAAGAGAAUCCAUGAAUAUCCACAUAUACCAAUGAGAGAAGGUAUGGGUUUUGCGGCACUGGGUAAGAGACUGUUUGUGCUUGGUGGAUGUGGUUGGUUAGAAGAUGCCAUUGAUGAGGUUUCUUGCUACGAUGCUGCUAUGAACACUUGGCUUGGCCAAGUACCUCCUCUUUCGACUAAAAGAUGCUUCUUUGCUUGUGAGACGCUGGAUGGGAAAAUUAUGGCAAUUGGUGGGAUAGGAAGGAAUGCAGAAGUUCCACAGACUUGGGACAUCUAUGAUCCAAUUACCAAAACCUGCAAAACUUGUUCAGACGCAAAUAUUGUCCCUGAGAUCGAAGACUCGUUUGUAAUGGACGGGAAGGUUUAUGUACGAGGUGGUGCUGGAUCUUCCGCUGCUGUCUAUGAUGCAUCGAGCGGGGUUUGGGAACGUGUGGAUGAUGAUAUGGCAUCGGGGUGGCGAGGUCCAGCGGUUGUUGUCGCAGAUGAUCUCUAUGUCUUGGAUCAGAGUUUCGGAACCAAGCUAACGAUGUGGUGCAAGGAAACGAGGGUGUGGAUUCGUAUCGGGAGGCUAUCUCAGUUGGUGAUGAAGCAGCCAUGUCGGCUUGUUUCUAUUGGGAAUAGUAUCUUUGUGAUUGGUAAGGAUUGCUCUACUGUGGUGAUUGAUGUUGAGAAUAUGAGGAAGAAGACGAUGGAUGGAGUAAUGGUGUGUUCUUCUAUACCAAAGACUUGGGAUUAUGAUAUUGAUGUUAUCAGCUGUAAAUCUGUAGCUAUAUAA